CCAGAAACUUUUUAGUGUUGACUUUUCUAAGUACAUAUUUGUUGACGUAUAGUUUUAUAAACUAAAACAUGGGUCUAGAAAGCUUGUUGUUCCAUGUCGUCGUGACGGCAGGCUUCGCGCUGUCUGUUUACUGGGAUUACUUUAUGCUUCAAAUGCCCAUUGGCUCGAAAUUCCGCGAGGUGACACUUGGGCUUGGCAACAGAUGCAAAUACCUCACCCACAUUGACAUGUUACUGCAGCUGUCGUACUUCAGCUUAGCGCUGCUCAACGACAUCGUUGGAACUGACCACCGUCAGAGCAACAAACAAGGAAGCUUGCAACGCUUCAGAGACUGGCUCUUCACCACCCUUGUCUUCCCUGUUGGUUCUUUCGUGGCGGUAGUUUUCUUAAUUUCUACUUAA